AUGGAUUGCAUCAAAUUGAUUGCAUAUGGUGUUUUACUUAGCACAUUAUCGUUCGUUUGUGAAACAUUAAGUCCUGCUUCGUUAGGACUUAUUGGUGAUAGUGCUGAUAUAACACGGCCAACAUCUGGAGGUACUGUUCUUGUUGGUGGUGGUCCUGAUGUUGAUGCAGCUAUGCAAUGGAUGAUCAAUAAAUCGGGUGGUGGUGAUUUUGUAGUAAUAAGAGCAAGUGGUACUAAUGCAUACAAUAGUUAUAUAUACGAUUUAGGCUCAGUUAAUUCAGUUGAAACUCUUCUAAUUAAUUCAACUACUUUAGCUAAUGAUCGUCAAGUUGAAACAACAAUUCGUGGAGCUGAAGCAGUAUUUAUUGCUGGUGGUGAUCAGGCUAAUUAUGUUAAAUAUUGGAAAGGUACUAAAGUAGAAGCUGCUCUUAAUUAUCUACGAAAUAUAAAACAAGUUCCAAUUGGAGGUACAUCAGCAGGAUGUGCUAUUCUUGGUGGAACUUAUUUUUCAGCACUUUAUGGCACAGUAACUUCCAGCGAAGCUCUUACCGAUCCUUACAAUCGAUAUGUUACUUUAGGUUACAAUGAUUUUCUUUCUCAACCUUAUCUAUCCAAUGUUAUCACCGACACUCAUUUUAAUAAUCCGGAUCGACGUGGUCGUCUCAUUACAUUUCUAGCACGUAUGAAUCAAGAUUAUGGAGUCGUAGGUCGUGGCAUUGGCGUUGAUGAAUCAACAGCUGUAUGUAUAGAAUCUGAUGGUACAAGUAAAGUUUUCGGCUCUGGUAUUGCAUUUUUCUUGAGUCAAAAUGGAGCUGUGAACAAGCCAGAAACAUGUGUUAGUGGUUCUCGUCUUGAUUGGUAUCGUAAUCGACAAGCUAUCACUGUAUAUAAAAUUGACGGUAGCGAAUCUGGCUCUGGAAGAUUCGAUUUGAAAACUUGGAGUCCAAUUAGUGGUAGUGUACAUCAAUAUUACUAUGUCGAUCGUGGUACUCUUGGUAUUUAUUGGUAA